CACGAUGACCUGUUGACCUGGUUCAGUAAGCGGACCUGUGUUGGACCUGUUCAGUACUGGGACCUGUUGGACCUGUUCAGUAAGAUGACCGGUUGGGCCUGUUCAGUAAGAUGACCUGUUGACCUGUUUCAGGUAAGAUGACCUGUUGCAGUAAUAUGACCUAUUCAGUUAAGACGACCUGUUGACCUGUUCGGUAAGAUGACCUGUUGAGUAAGAUGACCUGUUGACCACUGUUCAGUAAGAUGACCUGUUCCGUAAGAUGACCUGUUGACCUGGUUCAUGACCGUUUGACCUGUUCAGUAAGAUGACCUGUUGACCUGUUCGGUAAGAUGACCUGUUGACUAGAUUACUGUUGACCUGUUCAGUAAGAUGACCUGUUCAGUAAGACGACCUGUUGACCUGUUCAGUAAGAUAUGAUCAAAACCUGUUGACCUGUUCAGUAAGAUGACCUGUUGACCUGUUCAGUAAGAUGACCUGUUGACCUGUUCAGUAAGAUGACCUGUUGACCUGUUCAGUAAGAUGACCUGUUGAUGUCAGUAAGAUGACCUGUUGACCUGUUCAGUAAGAUGACCUGUUCAGUAAGAUGACCUGUUGACCUGUUCGUAUAGUAGAUGGACCUGUUCUGACCUGUUCAGUAAGAUGACCGUUGACCUGUUCAGUAAGAUGACCUGUUGACCUGUUCAGUAAGAUGGACCUGUUCAGUAAGAUGACCUUUGACUGUUCAGUAAGACCUGUUAGAUGACCUGUUUGACUGUUGACCUGUUCAGUAAGAUAACCUGUUGACCUGUUCAGUAAGAUGACCUGUUGACCUGUUCAGUAAGAUGACCUGUUCAGUAAGAUGACCUGUUGACCUGUUCGGUAAGAUGACCUGUUGAGUAAGAUGACCUGUUGACCUGUUCAGUAAGAUGACCUGUUCAGUAAGAUGACCUGUUGACCUGUUCAGUAAGAUGACCUGUUGACCUGUUCAGUAAGAUGACCUGUUGACCUGUUCAGUAAGAUGACCUGUUGACCUGUUCAGUGAUAGUGUCUGCAAUGUUUGUUUGUUUAGUAUCUUACUCCAGUUGGGUAAAUACUCAUUACAUGGUUAUAUCUAUGAAAUACAAUGUUUAUAGAAAAUAUUGGGAGUGCUUUUGAGAUGAACAAAAACUAUUUAAAUGGAAGCCGUAUUUGUCUUUUCAACCUCGUCUCAACCCUGUUACAUGACAAUGUUGUGACCACUGACAGUGUCCAUCUCAGACGUUAGUACAGCAAAAGUGUGAGAUUUUAUAGUUGCAAUUUUUUUAUUAGUUUAAGGGACAUGUGAAAUGUUCAUUUUAUUACAAGUAUAGUUUAUAAUCAUAUUCAGACAACUUCCAUAGUGUCCAUAACGGACAAAUGGUGUCCAUAUCAGAUGAAAAUGGCUGAUAAUGAUAGGGCUUUGAUGCCUGAGUUGGAAAAAUAUGUCUUCUUGGAGGUAAAAUAUGUCCUUAAUGUCGUGGGGUGUUCAGAUUUUUUUAUUUUUUAUUUUUUUGUAAAAAUCGUACCGGUUUUGUGUAAUGUCCCAGCUGCAGACUGCUACUAGCUCUGCUUCACUUCUCAGCUAGCGGAGAUGUUAUCAAAUCACUACUCAGCUAGCGGAGAUGUUAUCAAAUCACUACUCAGCUAGCGGAGAUGUUAUCAAAUCACUACUCAGCUAGCGGAGAUGUUAUCAAAUCACUACUCAGCUAGCGGAGAUGUUAUCAAAUCACUACUCAGCUAGCGGAGAUGUUAUCAAAUCACUACUCAGCUAGCGGAGAUGUUAUCAAAUCCAUGUCUACACCCACACUGGGUUACAUACCACUGGGUUACAUACCACUGGGUUACAUACCACUGGGUAGGCAGUCCAACACUAUUUGGCACUACAUGACUGCAUCCCAAACGGCAUCCUAUUUCCUAUAUAUUGCACGCUAGAUAGGGAAUGGGGUGCUAUUUGAGACACCGUCAUGGAUUCAUACCAGUUAACCUUCAACCUAAUCUCCAGGCUAUUGGGCACAGGAGGAAGAGUCUGGUCCGGUGUGGUGUAUGUAACCUUGGCAACCCAGAACCAAAUCUUGUGUGAGCAGCCUGUUUGCUUACAUUUGGUUCCUAGUGAAUACACCCUGGGUGUGGGAGACAGACCACCAACCAGCAAACGUUAGACAUAGUAUGUGAGGUAGGUCCCUCUUUGGCCAGAGGAUUUCUGCUCUGCUGGAUAGCUGGAUCUGUUAGUGCUUCAACAACAACAUGAUAAAAACAUGAUGAAGAUGCUGCUUGACUCUUCAAGGGCUUUAGGCUACAUCAAAGACCAUCAAACACCUGCAUUGUUUACAAAAAGAUAACUGGCAACCAACCGUUCUCAACAGACUGCAACCUUCCGUUCUCAACAGACUGCAACCUUCCGUUCUCAACAGACUGCAACCUUCCGUUCUCAACAGACUGCAACCUUCCGUUCUCAACAGACUGCAACCAACCGUUCUCAACAGACUGCAACCUUCCGUUCUCAACAGACUGCAACCUUCCGUUCUCAACAGACUGCAACCUUCCGUUCUCAACAGACUGCAACCUUCCGUUCUCAACAGACUGCAACCUUCCGUUCUCAACAGACUGCAACCUUCCGUUCUCAACAGACUGCAACCUUCCGUUCUCAACAGACUGCAACCAACCGUUCUCAACAGACUGCAACCUUCCGUUCUCAACAGACUGCAACCAACCGUUCUCAACAGACUGCAACCUUCCGUUCUCAACAGACUGCAACCAACCGUUCUCAACAGACUGCAACCAUCCGUUCUCAACAGACUGCAACCUUCCGUUCUCAACAGACUGCAACCUUCCGUUCUCAACAGACUGCAACCUACCGUUCUCAACAGACUGCAACCUUCCGUUCUCAACAGACUGCAACCUUCCGUUCUCAACAGACUGCAACCUUCCGUUCUCAACAGACUGCAACCUUCCGUUCUCAACAGACUGCAACCUUCCGUUCUCAACAGACUGCAACCUCCGUUCUCAACAGACUGCAACCUCCGUUCUCAACAGACUGCAACCUUCCGUUCUCAACAGACUGCAACCUUCCGUUCUCAACAGACUGCAACCUCCGUUCUCACAGACUGCAACCACCGUUCUCAAAGACGCAACCUCGUUCAACAACUGCAUACCGUGUCUUCAACAACGACCUUCCUUCUAACAACUGCAACCUUCGUUCAACAGACUGCAACUUCCGUUCUAGACUCAACCUUCCGUUCUACAGACUGCAACCACGUUCUCAACAGACUGCAAAUUCCGUUCUCAAAGCUGCAACCUUCCGUUCUCACGACUACAACCUUCUCACAAUGCAACCAAACCGUUUCAACAGACUGCACCAACCGUUCUCAACAGCUGGCAACCAACUUCUCAACAACUGCACUUCGUUCUCAACAGACUGCCACCUUCCGUUCAACAUGCAACCUUCCGUUCUCAACAGACUGCAAACGUUUCAAGCGCAACUUCUUUCAAAGAUGCAACCUUCCUUCUCCACUGCACCUUCCGUUCUCAACAACUGCAACUUCCUGUUCUUCACAGACUGCACUUCCCGUCAACAGACGCAACCUUCCGUUGCUAACAGACGCAACCUUCCGUUCUAACAGACGCACCUUCCUUUUCACAACGCAACCUUUCGAUUCUCACAGACUCAACCUUCGUUCUCAACAACUGCAACCUUCGUUUCACAACUGCAACUUCCGUUCUCAACAGACUGCAACCUUCCGUUCUCAACAGACUGCAACCUUCUAACACCAAAACAAGCUGUACAUAUUAGUAGGGUGUCUAAUCAAAAACGCGUCUUUUGACCAAUGGGUAAAAUAAUAUGUUCAUUGUAUAGAUACUCCUCUAAGAAAACCAACGGUCCAAACCUCAUGUCUCUUUCAUAAUCUGUUCUAAAGCUAUUGGAGUUUUUACCCUUGUAGGAUGGCCAGAAUUAGGGUGAUUCAAUCAAUGGAGGCCAGAGAAUAAAAGUGGUAAAAAUAUCUGGAAAAUAGCAUUGAGUCAGCUAAACUGGCCACCCUUUCCCUUGAACUCAUCAUCUUUCUUCUCCAAUCCGCAGAACAUUAAGCAAUAUAGAGGUAUGAUAGUUCAUCUUUUUGUAUUUGGUUUUCAUAUUAAUUCUAAAUUCCUGUUCUUUUUCGACGCUUUCUCACAAAAACAAGCGAUUCUCUGUGAAAUGUCAACGGAGCACUGAGCGUAUACCAAGCUCUUUAUUUUCAAGCCUUUUACAUUUAAUUCAGCUUGUGUCAUGCUAAUUUAGCUUUUUGCGACACGCGGAAACAACUUUGAAGACGACGACUACAAAAUGUAAAAUCUUCAAAAGUUCUUACGAGAAACCUGCACUGCUAUGUCAACAGAGCUUGGUGCUUAUUAUCGGAUGUAUUGGGUUAAAAAAUCUGACUUUUUGGAUUUAAUGAUAUGUUAGAGAAAGACCCCACUGAACGAUUCAGAACAUGAAUAAUCAUAUUUGUCUUGGUAAAAUGUAUUUUUGAACAUAAAGAAGUGAAAAGUCAUCACCAAAGGGCGUUUGGACACCCUAAUAUUAGUUGUCUUGACUCUCAUUUCGGUCUCUUCAUUGGCUAAUCCUUUGGCCGGCCGGUGGGACAGAAAGCUUCUAGAUCACCCUGUCUAUGGUAUCAGGGUCAUACUCAUUAGUGCACACCGUAGAAAAACGUUAAACAACGCAAAGCGUUCUGCAACACAAAAUGAGUUUCUUAUUGGACAAGUUCAGGUUGUCUGUUUUCUUCUGUUUGGUUUGUAGUGAAUACGACCCAGGGCUAUUUUGGUACAGAACAGGGCUUCCAGACAGACACGGUACCAUCCACUCUGCUCCAUGGAUUUUCCCAGCAGGCCAUUGUCUCACGUCAGAUGGCGUCACUCCUACGCGACGCUCGUCCCUCAACCCAUCUGUCAUGUAGGACGUGGAACUCAUCUCUAAUCAUCUAGAUUUUGCUCAUCCGCCUAACAACUAGUUCCUAAUUCUGAAAAUCACUCCGCUCUCAGUAGCUAUGACACACUGGCUUCUACGGCAAACCAUGCUCGAUCAGGCUGAGCAAACUUGUCUCCAGCUAGCAGCCUAGCGCAAGCUUGUUUGAAGGGCCAUACGCUAGCUAGUUUGCCAGCUUGUUGAUGAGGUUGAGAGGCACCAAAGGUAUGAGACUGUUCUCAGUAAUCAGCAGGCAUGCGACUCUGACAAGCUCGCACUGUCUCUCGCUACAUUUGGCCAAUGUGAUGACAUCACAGAGAGCAGUCAGCUGUGCUGUAGAACCAAUCACGGCGGAACAGAUAUCUUGAAAACUCAUUUGUUCAUUAGCUAGAGCUUCAGUUAGCUAGCUGGAGGGAGUAUUCCGCAUCGAGCUACAGGGAGUAUUCCGCAUCGAGCUACAGGGAGUAUUCCGCAUCGAGCUACAGGGAGUAUUCCGCAUCGAGCUACAGGGAGUAUUCCGCAUCGAGCUGGAGGGAGUAUUCCCCAUCGAGCUACAGGGAGUAUUCCCCAUCGAGCUACAGGGAGUAUUCCGCAUCGAGCUGGAGGGAGUAUUCCCCAUCGAGCUACAGGGAGUAUUCCGCAUCGAGUGUGUGAACUGGCGUUGUUAG